AUGAAGGCUAGGAUCUUGCAUGCUGGCCAGCGACAUGAUCUACUCCGGGGCGAGUCCACGAAUGUCCCGGUGGACCAGUCUAAUGUGGUCCGGGUGUUCAUCAGCUCCACUUUCACAGAUAUGAGCGUGGAACGUGAUGCUCUCCUAGACAACGCCUAUCCAGAGAUACAGGCUUUCUGUCAGAAAUUGGGCCUGGUCUUUGAGGUAGUUGACAUGCGUUGGGGAGUACCAGAUGCAUUGACCACUGAUCACAUGAGCACAGAACUGUGCCUGAGAGAGAUUGAAUCUUGCCAAAAGAUGUCAAUAGGGCCCACCUUUAUUGCUCUCGUUGGCAAUCGCUAUGGUUAUCGACCCAUCCCCCGUAUAAUCGAAGAAAAGGAAUUCGAGGAACUGCUGUUGAAGCACUCUUCAGAUCCCAGAUCCUCUAAACUGCUUCUGGAUUGGUUCUGGAAAGACGAGAAUGCCAUUCCUCCUGUCUAUAUCCUUCAACCUAUCACCAUGCACCUGCCAUAUUACAGUGAUGUAAGGCCAGAGAAGCGGGAGGAACACCAGAAGGCGUUGCAGUCCUGGUCGGAGCUGCAGCAACAGAUUGCUGACUUACUUCGAACAGCGGCUACACAGGCGGAGGAGGAGGGCCGAAUAAAGAAAGGGGCAAAACACAAGUACUUCAAAUCAGUCACUGAGUUUGAGAUUGACCAGGGCCUUCAGGACACAAGAGGAGGGGAUGUGUACUCUUCAAUCUUUAUCCGAGAUAUCCCCAACAUCCAGGGUCACUCUGAACAGCAACAAUUUCACAAAUUUAUCGACGUUACAAAUGAUGGCUGCAUCGACACUGAGGCUCAGGAACUUCUCACUAGCUUAAAGACCCAAAUUGUCACCAAAUAUUCAAAGAACCUCCAUGUACACCAAGUGCAAUGGUCGAGCGGAGUGCUGGAUGAACAAAGUGAAGCUCACAGGGAAUACCUCCAUAACCUGUGCCAGAACUUUGUCGAGGACAUAAAGCAGCAGGUUCUCAGAAGAGUCAGGGUUCGCCAUGAAGCCCAGGAUGAGAUGGAUUGGCUGUUUGAAGAGUUGUCUCACCACAUGGAUCUCUGCCAUAAGAAAUGCAGCAUCUUCUGUGGGCGAACCCAGCUCCUCACCAGCAUUUGCCAAAGCAUUGAAUUGCAGAACAAGUGCACCCACAGGCCACUGGUUAUCCAUGGACCUUCAGGGACCGGGAAGACCGCAGUCAUGUCAAAACUUGUUGUGGAGGUGAGGAAAAGUCUUGGUAAAGGCACUGUGGUGGUUACCAGGUUGCUGGGUACAUCGCCCCAGAGCUCAGAAAUUCACCCAGUGUUGAAGAGUGUCUGCUUCCAGGCGUGCUUAGCAUUCAAAUUAAAACCUCCUUCGGCCCACGUUGUUAACUCUUACAAUGAGCUGGUCCAAUUUUUCCAUAGCCUUCUAAGUGCAGUGUCCAAGAAGAAAAGGGAAGCCCUUGUCCUUAUCUUCGACUCCCUGGACCAAUUGUCUUCCAACGAUGGAGCUCAUAGGCUCCACUGGCUGCCAAAGGAAUGCCCCCCAAAGGUCCACAUUAUCAUCUCAACCUUACCUGAGGAAUUCAACAUCUUAAACGUCCUACAAGAAGCCAUACCAAGCCAAGAGUGCUACUUCAAAGUGGAGCCGCUAUCCUGUGAACAUGGCCAGCAGGUGAUCGACAUGCUAUUGAUGACAGUGAAGAGGAAACUCACAGGAGAACAGCAAGAGCUCAUUCUAGAGGGUUUCAGGCAGUGUGGACAGCCUCUCAUGCUCAAGUUGUCUUUCGAUGAAGCCAAGAGAUGGAGCUCAUAUGUGCCAGCUUCUGAGCUGUAUGUCGCUAAGGGCACACGGGAGUCUGUGCGCUUCUUAUACGCAAGCCUAGAAAAGAAGCAUGGCAAGGUCUUGGUAUCACAUGCUCUGGGGUAUAUCGCCUGCUCGAGGAAUGGACUAUCAGAGGCUGAGCUAAAGGAGAUCUUGUCACUGGAUGAUGAAGUGCUUGGUGACAUCUACCAAUAUUGGUCCCCUCCAAACAAAGAUAUCAUCCGCCUCCCUCCUUUGCUGUGGACACGCCUUCGAUAUGACAUUGGAGAAUACCUGGUAGAGAGGCAGGCAGAUGGUUUCCCUGUCCUCGGCCUUUACCACCGGCAAUUUGUGGAAGUGGUGCAUGAGCUGUAUCUCUCAGCGGAGGAGAAAACCAAACACCACUCAGUGCUAGCGGAUUUUUUCAAGGGAACAUGGAGCCUGGGGAAGAGAAAGGCCAUCACACUUCCUCUACUGAAGGAGACGCUGGUUGCAGACAGGAAGGUCUCUGCACAGCCGCUGAAAUUUGGGGAUGAUGUUGUGAACUUGCGUAAACUGAGUGAACUGCCGUACCAGUUGCUGAAUGCGGGGCGUAUUGAUGAGCUGAAACAGGAGGUUCUUGGGAACAUGGAAUGGAUAGUUUGUAAAAUACAAGUCACAGGAAUGAAGAGCUUGCUGGAGGAUUUUUAUGCAUGCACCAAGCACAUUGAUUGUCCAGAGGUGCAGCUAAUUCAAGAUGCACUAUUGCUCAUCUGGCCUACAGUAGACUUCAUGGAGAAUGGAAUAGACGAGAGUGUCCUGUAUGUAGAGAUGUUGGCACGUCUUGACUUCUUCAAGGGUUCUUACCCAAUGAUUGAUGAGCUCUGCCAGCAAUGUGUAAAAUGGUAUGCUAUGUGCCCCAACCCAAUCUUCUCUCCGCUAUGUGGCUUCUUCCAGCCCCCUGGUGGGCCACUAAGGACAACACUGACUGGGUUCAGCAAAGGUGUGACUGCGAUGGAGCUAAGCGCUGAUUGCACUGUGCUGGUGGCAGGCUCCAUGGAUGGAACAAUGAUCGUGUGGAACCUGCAGGACAUUGAAGUGAUUCACACAUUAACGGGACAUUCUGGUGAGGUACUGUGCAUCAAAGUGAUUCACAACAAGGCUCAUGCUGUGUCAGGAUCCUUUGACCAUACGCUGCGUCUAUGGAAUCUACUGACUGGGAAAGAGGUCUACUCCAUCCAGGAGGAUCACUCUGACUAUAAGCACUUUGCACUGCUCCAGGUGGAUGAAGCUACUGAUGUGAUCUACUCGGUCUCAGGCAGCCAGAUUAAGAGUUGGCAUCUGGAGAACGGAAAACCUCUGUUCCAAAUAUCUGAUGGCAACCUGGACCACACAACACACACAGCAGUGCUUGGGUCCCACAGUUCGCUGCUGACCGUGUCUUUUGGGGGCAAGCUAUGUGUGUGGGACCAAGGCAAGGGCACUCUACAGAACACUCACUGUCUCCCUGGCCUAGGUAUCUCAACCCCGACCUGCAUCCUUCCACUGAGAAACCAGGAGAGAGUAGCAAUCGGAUUCGACGAUGGAGUUGUGGCGAUGGUUUCUCUGAAUGGGAGUUGUGUCAUGGCAAAAGUCAAUGUAUCAGUCACAUUCCUGGUCACCUCAGAGGAUGAAAAGUGUCUCGUGGCAGGCUUUGGAAAGUAUGUCCGAAUUUUCAAAUUAGAUAGCAGCUCAAUUCUGAAAACCCUGAUGACAGACUUAGAACAUGGUGGCAGAGUUCAGACUGCAGUGAUCAGUAAGGAUGGGAGAUUACUGAUCACAGGCUCCAACGACGAGACCAUUCGGGUGUGGAGCUUAUUAGACGACGUAAAGCUGACGGACUCAGUGGAAGGUAUGGGAGCUCCCACCACCUCACUCUUGGUAUCUGGAAACACCUUGAUAUCCGCAUCACGCAGUGCCUACUACCUUAAGAUUUGGAGCCUAGCCUACGAUCGCCAGCACAAAACCAUCACACCUUUCCAUAACCGCACUACAAUCACCGGCUUGUCACAAGAUGGGAAAUUAGUGUGCUUCCCCAAAACUGGGGACUGGGAGAAAAUAGUCAUCUGGAAUCCUGAAGAAGGUGUGAUGCUUCAUACGCUCGAUGUUGGCUCUCAGAUUUUGUGCCUGGCAGUCGUUCAGCUGAAGGAGUUACUCAUUUGUGGCCUGAGGUCCGGCUCGUUGCUGGUCUUCUGCAUGGCAACAUGGCAGAGGCUGGUGUGCCACCUCCUGCCCAGGCAGUGGGAAGCCGCGCAACGUGUCGCUGUUAGCAGGAGUGAGGAGAAGCUGGCGGUGGCCUACAGCAGCUCCAUCAUUGUGUACGAGCUGCAUAGUGCAGAGUCCGACCCGGUGCUGGGCGAGGUCCUGGUCACGUUCCAUGUGCCGCCUCAGUUUACAUUGUCCAGUCUCGCCGUCCUUUCGGAUUGCAGUGUGCUUCUCGGCAUGGUCACUGGGGAGCUGCACCUCUACCCUGCUGGUAGUUUAUCACCAACUGUCCUGGAGCCUCAUGACAGCACAGUAACCUGCCUGGAAACCAGUCACAAUGAACUGUACGCCUUAAGUGGAUGCCAGGGACCAAUCCAGAGAAUAUGGAAUCUCUCUGUGCGGAGAUGGGACCAUGAGAUGUCCUACAAGGGCCUGUUCUUUCAAGGUGUGGUCUGUGCUGCGUUCUCCCAGGAUGAUCGUCAUGUCUACACUGGCUCGCAGGAUCGAACGAUCAAAGUGUGGGACCUUCAGAACGGUUCACUCUUGACAGUGCAGUACGUGUACGCGGAGGUAACCAGGAUUGUGCCAACUUCAGAUGGGAUGGUGGCCAGCACAAGGCUCGGCUACCUCAUCAAGGAGAGAUUCACAAGCCCUGCAGCUGUUGAUCCCAGUUACAACCCACUCAGAAACAUCAGGGCCAGCUGCUGUGUGCGGUCCAGGCAGGGGAGAGGCAUGAGGAGAGUCUAUGCCACUGGCCCCGGCAAUAUCAGCAGAGAGACACCAAAAAGAUCACAAACCAGAGCCCUCCUUCAGAACUCAAUGCAAUCCCAGACCUGCUCCCUGCUCUGA